AUGCCAAGGAAAAGGAAAAAUCUUGGGGGAAAUCCUUUUCGGAAGACUUCAAACUCUAAGCAAGUUGUAUCCAGUGUUGCUAGUCGCGAGGAGGCAACCACCACUCUCCCUUCCGUGUCUGAGACAGAAAUUAAGCAGGAAGAACUCUUCACCAGUAUGUCAGAGAUGUUUUCUGAUCUGGAUCCUGAUGUAGUGUAUUUGAUGCUUUCUGAAUGUGAUUUCAAAGUUGAAAAUGCCAUGGAUUGUCUGUUAGAACUAUCUGCUGCUGAUCCCAAGAUAGAAGAUUCUCCUUUGAACAGCUGCGUUGCUUCUGGGAACCAAGCAAGUGCAGUCAGAAGUGAAAUAAUGGAAAAGUGUCCUCCAGAAGAGAUUGAUUCAAAAAUGGAUUCAUUUCUGGACAUGCAGUUAACUGAAGAUUUGGAUUCCUUAAUACAGAAUGCUUUUGAGAAGUUGAACACUUCUGAUGACCAGGCAUACUCAUUUUUGCCUUUGCAAGAUGUUAAUAGUUUUAGUAGUACGAAUGCAUUUAUCAAUUUGGAUUCAAAUAGUAUGACUUCCACUCUUUGUACGCAAAAUACGGAUUUAAACAAUGAAAAUUUAGAGAAUUCUGCAUCUGUAUUGAAUUCAGCUCCCUUAACUACACAUUCAGCUUCUAAUGAGUCUGAAAGUUUUGCAAAGGAAAACAUACUGGCAUUGGAAGAUUCUCUUCUUAGUAAUUCUCUAGAUGUAGUAAGUGAGACCACAGUGGACUGCAGUAAUUUUAUUCAUUCACAGCACGACCUAUUAGAAUCUGAGGGUUUUGAGACUCAGUUUUCUCAAGAUCCUGUAGAUUUGGAUGCCAACAAACCUCAGGCUCCCUUAAAUCUUACUUUGCAAAAUCCAGGGCUUGGUUUACCAGGUAUAGGUGGGGAUCAGAAAUCUACUUCUGUUCCUGAUGUGUUUGUACAGUCUGAAGAAUUCAGCUUCAAGCCACACAAACACACCGACUUGGUACCGACGGGGAAGGAUGUGAAGUACUGCCCAGUACUUACCCCUCUCCCUCUUCUGCUGCCUCCUCCUCCGCCACCUCCGCCAAUGUGGAAUCCGAUGAUUCCUACCUUUGACCUCUUCCAAGGAAACCAUGGCUUUGUAGCUCCUGUGGUAACCUCAGCCGCACACUGGAGACCUGUCAACUACACAUUUCCAUCACCAGUUAUUUCCCCAACAAAGAUUUGGAGGAAUAAAGAGGGAACAAGUGCUUAUCAAAUACAAGAACCUCCAGUUUCUCAGGUUGUAAGAAAGAAGUCAUCUUAUGUUGGACUAGUUCUUGUUCUUCUCAGAGGGCUUCCAGGAUCAGGAAAAUCUUUUUUGGCAAGGACUUUGCAAGAGGAUAAUCCAAGUGGCAUCAUUCUUAGUACUGAUGAUUAUUUUUACAUAAAUGGACAAUAUCAGUUUGAUGUAAAGUACUUAGGAGAAGCGCAUGAGUGGAAUCAGAAUCGUGCCAAAGAGGCAUUUGAGAAGAAAAUAUCUCCUAUAAUAAUAGAUAAUACAAACCUACAAGCAUGGGAAAUGAAGCCAUAUGUUGCAUUGUCUCAAAAACAUAAAUAUAAAGUCCUUUUUCGGGAACCAGACACAUGGUGGAGGUUCAAACCAAAGGAACUUGCAAGGCGGAAUAUUCAUGGGGUAAGCAAAGAAAAAAUAACAAGAAUGUUGGAGCACUAUCAACGUUUUGUUUCAGUGCCAAUAAUCAUGAGUUCUUCAGUUCCAGAGAAAACUGAGCGUAUUGAGUUGUGUGCAUAUUCUUCUGAGGACAGAAGUAUGAGCCCAAGGGACAGUGAAGAUAUUUCCUCUGAGAAAGAAAAUGUUUUGUCCUCGCCUUUGAAGCACCUAGAGUUAAUUGAUGAGAAGAAGCCUGAAGUGACUGAAGAAGUUCUGCUAUCUGAGAAUGUUAUAUAUAUUUCAAAUGCAGAUUUAAACAAAGGCAGUAAAGAAAUCAGUGAUAUGAAUCCUAACAUUCAGGAAGUUUCAGACAUACGUUUUUCUGAGUUUCAUUGUAAAGUACAAGUAACAGACAAAAGUGAAAAAGAGGAGCAAGUAGAAAUGACUGCUGAAAAAGAUUAUAGUAAAACCAAUGCAGAUGGUUUUGUUGAGAAUGUAUCACCAAGUAUCUGCUAUGGUGAAAAUAAUCUAGAAGACUGUGACCUUUCAAAUAUUGUACCACAUGAGAAUGAAAAAUCAUCUAGUGAAAUAUUGGAAGACAGAGUAAUGGUAAAGAAAAAAGCCUUUGGAAAACAAAAAAGCAAAUCAACUUUGGAAAAACUCCCAAGACAUGAGCUGUCAAGUUUUGUUGGUGACUGGCCAGUUGAUAAGAGCAUUGGUCAGAGGAUAAAAAGGAACCGAAAAACUGAAAAAGGUUCACCUGUGCAAAGUGACAAAAAGUAUAAUCGACCUCAGUCACACAAAGUAUUAGAUAACAGUCUGUCUGUGAAUUUAGAUCAUGUUCAGCAACAAGUAUCGCCACAUGAUACUGUAGAGAAUGACAGGACAUCCCAGUGUGAUGAUGCUUCAGAUUCUUUCAGUAGUAAAUGUGAUACUUAUAAGAACACUGAAAAAACCUCAUUUGGCAUUGUGGGUGAUUGGCCUUUACCCGAUUCUUUAGCCCAGAGAGAGCGUAGAUUAAGAAUGCCAAAAGCUGGUGCAAGUGAACCUGACUUAAAAUUUGGAAAUAAUGACGAUACAAAUGAAAUAUCUUUAUAUACAGCACAUGAGGCCUAUUGGGGCACAAGCACUGAAGAAAUAAAAAUACUGGGUGAUUCCACUCUAGGAAGUUCUGAAAGACUUUCCAAUGAAAUGACCCAGGGCUGUCAAACUCAUCUAAGUGAAAAGAUUCAUGGGCAGUGCUCUUUGUCUCUUACUUUAACCAGUAAUGGGCCAACUAUUACUGGAGUAGUAGGAUCACAAAAUUUAGGUGAUUUUCCAGAAGGGAAUCCUAAAGAUUCUGGAGUGGAAGUACAUAUGUGUACACAGACUGAACCACAGGAUUUUGCUCUUUUAUGGAAAAUAGAAAAGAAUAAAAUUAGUGCUUCAGAUUCUGUUAGAGUAUUAACAGGAAGAUUAGAUGGAUUUAAACCAAAAGCUUUCAAUAUUAACACAAAGUUACAUGCUCAAGAAACAAUCCCAUAUAGGGUGAUGUAUGAUAAAAGCACUUAUGUUGAAGAAAGUGAGCUUACCAGUGCUGAUGAAUCUGAAAAUCUUAACAUUCUUUGUAAACUAUUUGGGUCCUUUUCAUUAGAAGCCUUAAAAGACUUAUAUGAGAGGUGUAACAAAGAUAUUAUUUGGGCCACAAGCCUUUUAUUAGAUUCGGAAACUAAAUUAUGUGAAGAUAUAGAAGUUGAGAAUAACCAAAAAUCAUAUGAUGAAGCACAAAUUGGACCAUUUUCUCUGGGAUUGAAUUUGAAGGAAAUUAUUAGCCAAAGAGAAAGUGGGGAGGAUUCUAAUUCUUCUAUGCUAGAAUUUAGCUAUGGAGUUGGUAUCAGUAAUACUAAUGUACAGUCUAUCAGUGAUUCAGAAAAGGGAAACUCAGGACAGGCAGAAACAAGAGUUAUAACCACUGAAAAUCCUGGAUUAAUAGCAAAUAUAUUUCCUAAUGUCACUGUAGAUUUAAAGAAUACAAAUGACACACUUCCUAAUAGUCAGGUAGAACUUUCAGGUUUAUAUAAUGCUGAGCAGCCUUUUCCAGGUACUCUUAAAGCUACCACUUCUAAAGAUAUAAGUGAAAUGGAAAAGAAUCUACAAGUCACAGAGAUUGGCGAUAACAUACAUUCUUUGGGUUUGGCAGAUAUUUUAAAUUCUGUAUCGAGCACUUUAGAUCUUGAAUUAAACAAAAAUAGUUUUACUGACUCUUUUGAAAUAAAGAAAAGUGCAAAUCUUCCAAAGGACUAUGUGAAAUUUUCAAACACAGAAGAAUUUAUGAAUGAAGAGGAACAGGAUGUAGAAAAAAUUCUUACUGGGAGUACUUUGUUAGCUGGAGUUAGUGAAGACGAUAAAACUGAAAUGUCGAAUCCCACACCUGUGAUGGCCAAGUCUCUAACCAUAGACUGUCUGGAACUGGCAUUGCCUCCUGAGCUGGCUUUUCAGCUUAAUGAAUUAUUUGGCCCCGUUGGUAUUGAUUCAGGUUCUCUAACAGUUGAAGAUUGUGUUGUACAUAUAGAUCUGAAUCUGGCGAAAGUAAUUCAUGAGAAAUGGAAAGAGUCUGUAAUGGAGCGACAAAGACAAGAAGAGGUAUCCUCUGGCAAGUUUGUACAAGAUUCUCUCCAGAUUGGGCAUAUUGGAUUUGAUAAUCCUGAACAAAGGUCAUCUCAGAAAACAGGCAAAAAAUUACUGAAGACUUUAGCAGCACCUGAAAUGCUAUCUUUAUCGGAUCAUUGGAAUACUCAAACUAAGAAAGUAUCACUCAGAGAAAUAAUGUCAGAAGAAAUUGCCUUACAGGAAAAGCAUGAUUUGAAAAGGGAACCACUUACGUUCGAAAAAGAUUGUGCCACUAAGCUAAAAGAGAAGGAGCUCUUUAAGAUAUUUCCGGCCAUUAACCAAAAUUUUCUAGCGGACAUUUUCAAGGACCACAACUAUUCAUUAGAACAAACAGUGCAGUUUCUAAACUGUGUUCUUGAAGGAGAUCCUGUAAAAACAGUUGUAGCACAAGAGUUUGUUCAUCAAAAUGAGAAUACUACUUCUCAUAUGGCACAGAAAUCUAAGGAGAGAAAGACAAAGAAAUCCAAAGAGACUGAGGAUAUACUAAAUGAGCCAUCUUUCCAGGAUUUUGAGUACCCAGAGUAUGAUGACUAUAGGGCAGAGGCUUUCCUGCACCAGCAGAAGAGGAUGGAAUGCUACAGCAAGGCAAAAGAAGCUUAUCGGAUGGGGAAAAAAAAUGUCGCUACAUUUUAUGCGCAGCAGGGUAGUCUCCAUGAACAGAAGAUGAAAGAAGCCAAUCACCUUGCUGCUGUGGAGAUCUUUGAGAAAGUCAAUGCCUCCCUGCUGCCACAGAAUGUUUUAGACCUCCAUGGGUUGCAUGUAGAUGAGGCUAUCGAACAUUUGAUGACAGUUUUACAGCAGAAAACUGAAGAAUGUAAGCAGAGUGGAGGUAAGCCCUAUCUUUCUGUGAUUACGGGAAGAGGAAACCACAGCCAGGGAGGAGUUGCUCGCAUCAAACCAGCCGUCAUUAAAUACCUCACAAGCCAUAGCUUCAGGUUCUCUGAAAUUAAACCAGGGUGCUUGAAAGUCAUGCUAAAGUAAAAUAAAUGUCCUUGACUUAGAAGUGUUAAAGGUUUGUAGGUUAAAAUUAGUUUUAUUUGCUGUGAUUUAGUCAGUUUUACAGUAAACGAGUUUUAUUAGAAAUAAUGUCGUUAUAAAAUAGAAAAACAUGAUGUUUUUCAAAAUGCAAGUUUUAUUUUUUACUAAAUUGAAUGCUAAAUAUGUUGUCUGUUAA